AUGACCUCCAAAGCAAUUGUCCUCAUCACCGGCGCCAAUCGAGGCAUCGGCUACGGCGUCGCUCGCAGAUUAGUUCGCGAACACCCCAACUACCACGUCAUAAUCGGCAGCCGUGAUGCUACUCAAGGCCGCGAGGCAGUCUCAACCCUCCUCGCCGAAGAAGCAUCCUCCUCACCAUCCAUAUCCAGUGUCGAACUAGACGUGACAUCCGACACAUCCAUUUCCGCCGCUGCACAGAGCAUCGAGGCCUCUCACGGGCGGCUAGACGUCCUCAUCAACAACGCCGGAAUCGCCCUCGACGUCAAAGAGAAAGGGAAAAUCUCCAUGCGCGAAAUGCUGCAACGCACUUACGACGUAAAUGUGUUUGGCGCUUCGGUCGUUACGGAUAUAUUCAUCCCCUUACUCGAGAAAUCAGACAAUCCGCGCAUUGUGUUUGUCUCGUCGUCUCUUGGCUCGCUCACAUAUGCCGCUGAUCUGAGUACUCGUUACUCCAAAGAACGAUUUUUGGCGUAUAAAUCCAGCAAGACGGCGCUGAAUAUGGUGAUGUUGUACUAUAAUUCUUUGUUGCAUGAAAAGGGGUUCAAGGUGAAUGCUGCCUGUCCGGGGUAUAUUGGUACGAAUUUGAAUGGCUUUCAUGGGACGGGGACGGUGGAGGAGGGCUCUGUGAAUGUGGUGAGAUUGGCGGUUUUGGAUAAGAAUGGAGAGACGGGGACUUUUACAGCUAAAGAAGGAGAGAGACCUUGGUAG